AUGGCCCAGAAGCACUACGACUGUGUCACUGCGAAGGGCAUGGAGCUGGAGGACGAGAGUUACGGCGCGUAUAAGUCCCACUCACACUGGGAGCGGCGCCAGGCUUACGGCAUCACACAGUACCAGGACCAGCCGCGUCUUGCCGGGGCACAGUAUUAUCCUUGCCGGUCUUUGGGGUGCGUAUUGCCGCGCCAUCAGCAGGUUCUUCCGCUCAAGCGAGAGAGGGAGGAAUCCCCUACCUUGCACGCCGCUGCCAUAAAGCAGGAAAAAGAUGACGUAGAAUUGCCCCAUCUCACAAAGCGUACGAGAACAGAGGCUUCCUCUCCGACCGACGGCCAGCCAAAGAACGAGGAAGCCGUCCAUCUACCGCCCGAGUGGCGGAGGGAAACACAAAUGCUUAGUGUGUUUGAAAUGGUCCGCUUCUAUUGA